CGCUUGUUAUAACAUAUGUCCUGCGACGAUACAGAAUGAUAAUUGGAAUGCGACUUGGAACGGGUUGACCAUUUUAACUGUAGGAACAAAUGACACUAGCUACUUUAACAAGUAUGAGGCGUAGCUCUGUGCCGAACCCUGCUGAACUCGUCGAGGGACCUGAUAACGACGCCUACCUGUUUGAAACGCCGGCUGACCUGCUAUGUCCUAUCACACAUGAGCUUUUCUAUGAGCCUGUUAUUAAUGCCGCCGGUCAAGUUUAUGAACGAGCCGCUAUUGAAAAGGCCAUGGCGCAUCGGCUGGUGGGCUUGAGCCGGGUGGACCCCAUCAGCAACCUCCCGCUCGAGACAGCCGCUCUCACCACCGUCUGGCCUAUGAAGAGCAAAGCUGCGGCCUACCGGGAACGUGCUGUACGUGGCUGUGUGGACAGGCUGUGUCGGCCUACAUGCCGGUCUCCCAUUCGCUACUUGCGCCGGGCCGCUGAGCUAUCAGCCGGCAUUGCGGCCGUCAACGGUGACUCACCGGGGGGCGUGCUGGGUCUGCCCGGCAUGACAGCAGAUGUGAUUGGGUAUCUGAUCACGCAUCCCAGCAGCAUAUACGACUUCCAGGCUUUGAGCCGUUACGCCGCUUCACUGGCUUCUGGCGGUCGCCGGGACCUGGCAGCGGGCGUCUACACCAAACUAUUACACCUUGGCGGAGACUCCCAGCAGCAGGUGGAGGCGCUGCAGGGGCUGCUGGAGUGCUGGGGCCGUCCAGAGGAGGAGGAGGAUCAACG